GCCACGCCCUGAAUCCGCAUCUCUCAUGACAACAGCAUCAUCAUCAUCAGCACCAGCACAGCAGCAGCAGCAGCAUCAUCAUCACUGCAGGAGCAGAUUUACAACAACAAAUAUAAUCUACGUCAACGACGAGGCACAUUUAAUAAUCUAUAAUAAACGACCAUCAUCAUUCGUCGAAAGCUUUGAUGUGUGCUGAACGUUUAGACGUUUAAAGAUUCGCUCGUUUCGACGAUCCGCCGCCAUUUGCUGGAGUUCAGGCCGUUCGGCUUCAUCUUGUUCUGUCAAAUAAAUCUCAUCUGUAGUGUUGUUGAUAUCUCGAGGUUUGUGAGUGACAUCAUGACGGACGCGGUCGCUGAGUGUAAUAUUAAAGUGUUGUGUCGCUUCAGGCCGCUGAAUCAGGCCGAAAUCCUGCGAGGAGACAAAUUCCUGCCUACAUUUCAAGGAGACGAUACGGUCGUCAUCGGGGGUAAAUCGUUUGCAUUUGACCGUGUGUUUCCCACUAACACUACUCAAGAGCAGGUUUAUAACACCUGUGCCAAGCAGAUCGUGAAAGAUGUGCUGGGAGGUUACAAUGGCACCAUCUUUGCCUAUGGUCAGACCUCUUCUGGGAAAACUCACACCAUGGAGGGCAACUUGCAUGACCCUCAGCAGAUGGGCAUCAUCCCGCGUAUCGCUGAGGACAUCUUCAAUCACAUCUUCUCAAUGGAUGAAAACCUGGAGUUUCACAUCAAGGUGUCCUACUUUGAGAUCUACAUGGAGAAAAUCCGGGAUCUUUUGGAUGUCACAAAGACCAACCUGGCUGUCCAUGAGGAUAAGAACCGUGUCCCUUAUGUGAAGGGCUGCACUGAACGUUUUGUGUCCAGUCCUGAAGAAGUAAUGGAUGUCAUAGAUGAGGGCAAGUCUAAUCGACACGUCGCUGUCACCAAUAUGAAUGAGCACAGCUCUCGUAGUCACAGCAUCUUCCUGAUCAACAUCAAACAGGAACACGUGGAGACCGAGCAGAAACUCUGUGGAAAACUUUACCUGGUGGAUCUGGCUGGCAGUGAGAAGGUCAGUAAGACCGGUGCUGCUGGAGCUGUUCUGGAUGAAGCUAAAAACAUUAACAAAUCUCUGUCUUCUCUGGGCAACGUCAUCUCCGCUCUUGCUGAAGGAACCAAGACUCAUGUGCCGUAUCGAGACAGUAAGAUGACCAGGAUCCUGCAGGAUUCUCUGGGAGGAAACUGCCGGACCACCAUGUUCAUCUGCUGCUCCCCCUCGAGCUACAAUGAUGCCGAGACCAAAUCCACUCUCAUGUUUGGACAGCGUGCUAAAACCAUCAAGAACGCCGCCUCCAUCAACCUGGAGCUGACUGCUGAACAGUGGAAGAGAAAGUAUGAGAAGGAGAAAGAGAAGAGCAAGAGUCUAAGAGACACCAUCCAGAGACUGGAGAUGGAGCUGAAGCGCUGGCGUAGUGGAGAGAAUGUUCCAGAAACCGAACAGACGGAUCCUGGUCUGAUGAAGCUGGAUGCCAAUGAUGAGGUCUCUCUGGAUAAUGAUCGAUCAUCUGAGCAUCAGCAGAUAAGAGACAGAGACUCUGACUCCUCCUCCAUCGUAGUGCGGAUCUCUGAGGAGGAGCGGCAGAAAUAUGAGGAGGAGAUUCGCAAACUUUACAGACAGCUGGAUGAUAAGGAUGAUGAGAUCAAUCUUCAGUGUCAGCUGGUGGAGAAACUGAAGGAACAGAUUUUAGAUCAAGAUGAGUUGCUGGCGUCCUCACGUGGUGACAGUGAUAAGGUCCAGACAGAACUGGGUCGACUGCAGACGGAGAGCGAUAGCGCUAAAGCUGAGGUGCGAGAAGUUCUGCAGGCAUUAGAAGAGCUGGCUGUUAACUAUGACCAGAAGAGUCAGGAGGUGGAGGAGAAAAGCCUUCAUAACAAACAGCUCGCCGAGCAACUCAGCCACAAGAUGGCGAGUUUAAUGGAGCUGGAGGCGGAGCUUGCUCAGAUGCAGGAAGUGAGCUCACAGCAGAGGAAACGCAUCGCUGACGUGUUGAACGGGUUAAUGAAGGACCUCAGCGAGUUCAGCUCCAUCGUCGGCAAUGGAGAAAUCAAACUGCCGGUGGAGAUCAGUGGAGCCAUUGAGGAGGAGUUCACUGUGGCACGCCUCUACAUCAGUAAGAUCAAGUCGGAGGUGAAGUCCAUGGUGAAGCGUUGCAGACAGCUGGAAAACAUGCAGCUAGAGUGUCAUCGCAAGAUGGAAGAAACUAGCCGAGAGCUCUCCUCCUGCCAGCUCCUCAUCUCACAGCAUGAGGCAAAGAUUCGAUCUCUCACUGAGUAUAUGCAGAACGUGGAGCAUAAGAAGAGGCAGCUGGAGGAUAAUUAUGAUGCUCUGAGUGAAGAACUGUACAUGCUGCAGAACUCAGAGAGUCAUGUGUCUGGGCUGAAUGAAGGAGAGAAGGCAGACAGAGAGGCUGAUGGGAAGAAGAUUGCUGGUCGUUCUGCUGUCCAUGUGGAGUCACGUCAGAGUCAACUGAGCCACCUGAGGGAUGAGAUCAAUGAGAAACAGCGACUCAUUGAUGAACUUACAGAUAAGAAUCAAGCUCUGGAGCUGGAGCUGGCUCACGUGCGGUCCAGUUUCAGUAACCUGAAGAUGCAAGACGAAACCAAAAGCGCCUGUCUGGAUCAGCUGUCCUUUCAGCAGGAGAGACAUGCGCAGUCUAAACAGGAUCUUAAAGGCCUUGAGGAGACUGUGGCCCGUGAACUCCAGACCCUCCACAACCUGCGCAAGCUGUUCGUUCAAGACCUCACGACUCGAGUUAAAAAAAGUACAGAAACUGGACCUGAUGAUCAUGGGGGGUCUAACACUCAGAAACAGAAGAUUUCCUUUCUUGAGAACAACCUGGAUCAGCUUACAAAGGUUCAUAAACAGCUGGUACGUGAUAAUGCAGAUUUGCGCUGUGAGCUUCCGAAGUUGGAGAAGCGUCUUCGUUCUACGGCUGAGCGCGUUCGGGCGCUGGAGGCAGCACUGAAGGAUGCCAAGCAGGGUGCCAUGAAUGACCGCCGUCGCUACCAGCAGGAGGUGGAGCGUAUACGUGACGCAAUGCGCCUGCGUUAUCCGCUGCGCCGUCCUAAUGCAGCUCAGAUCGCUAAGCCUGUAAGACCCGGACACCAUGUCGCAGCCACAUCGCCCACAAGCUUCUCCUCCAUACGUACAAGCAAGCCUGCCACGUCUUACAGCAACGCACUCUUCCAACAAGAGGAAACCGCUGCUUUCCAGAAAACCAACAACACAGUUGGAUACAGCACUGUGAGAUCCGUAGACAUACUGAGCUCCUGUCCGCUCGACGUAGAGAACGGAAACAGCACAGAUAUAAAUGAUAACAGGAGUGAUGUUCACUGUGGCAGUGCACUGGAUGAUGCUUCACGAGUCUAUAUCAUGCAGCAGGGAACCGCAGCCAGUUAAUCAUUUAAUAUUCUCCACAUCUCCGAUGUCUGCAUGCAGCCGUUUAGCUCUCGUCACAAAUUUCAUUCCCAGUUUCCUUCACUAUCUACCUGUACUGUCUUAUAUUCUACACAAUAAUCUUCAUGCACUCAUAUCAUGUAUCCUGUCUCUUGUAUCUCACUGUUGCAUGUUGGUUUGUUUAGUCAGAAAACAGCACAUAGGUUGUAAACUAAUCUAUACAUAGAUAUUGGAAUACACAAUCUAUACUGCUUGCGUUACAAUACAGAAACAAUUUCCCUUUAGUCUUGCUGAGCCUUAAAGACGAACAAUGUGUACGUGCGUGCACAAAUACACACAAAUUUAAAUUUACAUGUAAAGGUAAGUGUCAUUGUGUAGAUUUUGAUACAUAUAAGUAUUGACUACCUCCAAUUGUGCAAAAACCAUUUUAAAUUUAAUUUGCAUUGUGUUUGUUUUCCUAUGACAAAUGAAUAAGAUGGCUGUAUUAAUGCUGUCAUCAAUAUAACAUAUCUUAUAAAUUCUUCCCUACACUUGCUCGAGUUGAUGCAUAAGAAUGUCUAAAAUGCUUUAGUUAUUUUCUCAAAAGCUCCGACCAAUCAUAGCUCAGAUUUCUCUCAGGAAAUCCUGAUCAGCCAAUCAGGAUGAGAGAAUCAGUAGUGUUUGGUCUUUUCUCUUGAGAAUCCUAAAAUCUCUCUCAUCUCUUCUGACGUGUGUCACUCGUUCCUUCGUCUUCUCCUUGAAGUCUUAUUUAAAGCAAGAUAAUUUCUGUCUGCGGCUGUAUAAACUGUAUUACGAUGGUUUAAUCAUAGAUUUAGUUGGCAUUGAAAUGUAUUCUCACGUGUGCUUGAGAAACUCCUUUACUGUCACCAUUAGAAGAGAAAAUAUUUAAGAGUCAGAUGUGCAAUAGCUCCUGAGUUAGCCAAGAUAUCUUUAUUGAAGGUUGCUUUAUGUACAGUGUGGAAGUGUGCUGGAAGCCGACCCCAAAAAUAAAUGUAAUUUAAAGAAAA